AUCGUAGACUCUAUUUGUAGUGACUUAUUUGAAGAAAUCGUAGCUAUAUUUAGAGAUUUAAUAUAGAGUAGUAAUUAAUGAAGUAGUUACACUUACAAUACAUAAAGCUUACAAUAAUAACGUACGGUAAAUCAAUGCGGUAUAUCAACUACGAAAAACAUAGUUUUAGUUGCGAUAAGUGACGUGCUAAGUUUAUUAUUUGUGUUAUUUUAGAAAAAUUAAAUACGCCAUAAUAAACAGUAGGACCAAAUCUUGUAUGUGAAUAAAUAUAGGUCAGCUAUAACUAAAUAAAUGUCUACCGCUGACGAUCUAGAUAUAGACAUAUUAAAAAUAUUCUUCAUAGUCUGUGCACAGUUGUGCAUAGUCUGGUGCGUUCCGACUUCCGAGUAUACAAUUUCGUCUGUCAGUAGUCUGUAAAGUUCUAAUGUGUUUUUGUGUGCAGUGUUAUUUGUUUUUAUGUUUUUCUACAAACUACCCUCAAUACGUUUUUCUUUAGAAAAGUUAAGGAGCUACAUAAACUGGUAACUUAAAUAUAUAGGUAAAUUCCUAAUGUUAUGCAAGAAGAGAAGAAAAUUAAGUAGUUGCAAUUUUGAGGAAGAAAGCUUAUUUCAUAAAGUUAAUUAAACUUGAGUAGUUUUUAUAAUAUGCCGAGAAAAUGUAUCUUUGGCUGUACGAACACCGGUGUUGCAUACCAUGUUUUUCCUAGUGCAAAUAGAUUCCCUGAGCAGUUCUCUGCUUGGGUACGAAGUGUCGGUGGAAGUCUUGAUGGACCUACAGAUUAUGAAUAUUACAAAAAAAAGAGAGUGUGUGAUUUACAUUUUAAACUCUCUGAUAGAAAUCGGUGUAAUCGUUUGAAUGCCUUAGCAGUGCCAUCUCCUCUUGUGCAAAAUGAUGAUCAUAUUGAAGGAUCAAACCAUGAAGAUGCUUCAGAUGAUGAUGAACAUGAAUCUGAAGAUCCAUUAUAUUUACAAUUAGAUUUGGAUUAUGAUGAAAAUACAAGUGAUCAACAGAAAUCUGACACCGAUUUACAAAUAGAGAAACCUAAACUUCAGCCAAGCACUCCAAGUCGGCCAGUAAAAACAAAGAUAUGGGAUACGGGUGCAACCCUAGAUGACCAUGAUUAUGUCACAUCCGAGAAGAAAAGCUGUACUAUGCAGAAACCUCGGACGAAGGUAAUGUUUGAACCUCGUGGGCUGAUACCUCCUGUAUUCACCCCUUUGAAUGAAGACCUCACUGUAAAUUACAAAGAAAUUCCAAGUUAUGCUGAUUAUAUGGUGGUGAAUGGAAUCAAAGCUGUACUAGUUGGCGGUACAACUGGGGAGCAUAUGUCUUUGUCUGUUAGCGAUAGAAAAAAAAUUAUAGAAGCGUGGGUGAAAACCAAGCCCCGAAGUGGCCUUCAUAUCAUGGUACAAGUCGGUGGUGCUCCAAUGGCUGAUGUCUUAGAAUUGGCAAAAUUCUGCGCAUCAGCAAACGUGGAUUCGCUGCUGACUCUACCCGAAUUGUACUUCAAGCCAAAGACAGUUACGGAGUUGGUGAACUAUGUGGAACUGGUGUCGAAAGCUGCACCAAAUCUCCCUGUACUUUACUACCAUAUACCUAGUAUGAGUAAAGUAGAAAUAAACAUGCCAGCCUUUGUAACGGAAGCCACGUCUAAAAUACCAAACUUUAAGGGGAUUAAAUUUACGUCAAAUGACUUAAGCGAAGGUGCUCAAGUUAAGCGCAAUCUGAAGGAAGGGCAGGAGAUGUUCCUUGGUGCUGAUACGUUACUAGCACCAGCUGCAGUCCUUGGGAUGAAAUCAAGUAUCGGGACAUCGUUUAAUUUAUUCCCAAAGCUGGCUCAAAAUAUACUAGGUGCUGUGGAAAACGGUGAUAUUAAAAAAGCUAAUUCGCUACAACGAACUCUUAGUCUGGCUAUAGAAGCUCAUUUGCCUGAAGGUGACUGGGUGCCAAUAAUGAAAUUUGGAAUGGAGAUUGCAUCAGGUCUGACGAUGGGACCACCAGCUUUACCCCAACAACCAAUCUCGACCGAAUCAAGAAAUAGAAUAGUUGCCCGUUUGAAACUACUUAAGAUGAUUGAAUAAAUGAAAUUUGACAUUGACAUAAUUCAUGAUUGUUAUUAAUGAAGUUGACAUUUGUAAUAAAGAAAUAAAUCUAUGAUAAUUAUUUAUUCAAAUAUAGAUUAUUCUAACUUCCCUGCGGCGCUUGGCGCGAUUAAUUUGUGUAUGAUCUGUGAAAUAAAAUGGCGGAUCUCGU